GGCUACUGUCUUUCGUCGAACGAUCUUUCACUACCGACAAAACAUUUCACAGCUAUCUUCACACUGAGAAGAUACUUUACGAACGCCUCAGCUGUCAUACUAAUCAGCUUUAAGUUACUUUUUUUAAAAUUAAAUGUAAACUAAUAUCUCCAGUACAGUUAGAUUUAUUUAUUUUUUUGACUUCUAGAACUUUUCCCUUCUGUUUAAAGGCCAUAUGCGGUUCUUGAAUUUCGAAGCUUUUUAAUAAGAAUAAAUUGCUUAAAAUUGGAGCCUCGACGAGGCAAGAUAUGAAGGAACCAGCUAAAUACUAAUAUUUGUGUGUGUUUUGAUAUACCAAGUGCAUCUUUGCAAUGCCCGGUACUACACGGUAUUCAGCAACAUUUGACCGCACAUAUGAAGAGGAAGAACGGGCAUCGUCUGGCAUUUCUAAUGGCAUGCGAAGAUCUCGUUCACAGAGCUGGCAAGCAAAUUUGGGACUUGACGAUAGGCCUUAUACACCUUUAGGAAACAGUAGACCUUCACCAAGAUCAUCAUCUACUGAUAAUGGUCCCGCAAAACCCGCGGAAACAAUUCCAACUCGAACACUGUCAAAACCAGUGGUCAAGACUCAUAAUAACCCCUUUCAAUUUGUUAAAGUGGGAUCAUCACCAUUGUACAGAAAAGCCGAAGAACAACUUAAAAAAGUGAAGGAAGUCAAAAAAGUUGAAGUUUUGAAAGAAGAAGAAGAGGAGUGGCAAUCGAAUCUAGAUAGUUGGAAAUCACGACGACGGAAGAUGUCAGAAGACGUCUUCCGAAGACAAGAAGAAAUUAGACAGUUUGAACAGGAGCAACAGCAGCAAAAUGAACAAGCCAAUCAAAGGAAGAUUAAAACAUUUUCAGAAAUGGUGGAAUCUAGGUUGGUGUUAAAGGAAUGAUGCAUAGGAGUUUCAUGAAUAAAAAGUCACAAAGCACAGAAAGCAUUUUAAAUAAUAAUUCUUCUGCUUCUAAACAUAAGUUCUUUGAGUUGAAUGGAAAUGGUUUACAUCAUAGUAAUGGCAAUUAUUUUGAUUCUGGACUGGAAAGUAUUAGCAGCAGUCAUAGAGCCGGAGACACUCCAGACAGCUGCUCCGAUUUCAGUCAAGAUAGUGGAAGUUGCUUAGAUUGUGAUUCACCAAGAGCCUCUGGAUUAAUUGGAGUCAAUGUGUUGGAAGAAUUUAACUUGAAAAAUCAACAAAGCUAUGAUACUCAUAGUGCUUCCACUAAGAAAGCUGGUGUUAAAUCAAAGCCAUCUGAUUGUUUUAAUCAUAACAAUGUUGAGCGUGAAUAUGAUUUGCUGACUGAUAAAAAUGAAACAGUUUCUUCUGUUUCUGAUGGUCUUGAUGUUUCCCAUUUUGAGUCUCCAGAUUCUAGUAUUUGCAAUGGAAAUAAAUCUCCAGUUAAUGCUUCCUUGAACAAGAUGAAUGAUGUAUUUUCUAGUACAGCUAGCCAGUCAUCUUCUUCCAGUGAUCAAAUAGAAAGCUUCAAUGGAAAACACGAAAGGAGUAUUGAGUCCGAAAAUGAAGUUUUUGUCGAUGAUUUUGUUGAGCUUAACAACAAUGAAAAGAUUGCUUUUCCAAAUUCCUUAAAAUUGGCAGAUAAAAAUAUUUCUUCUCAAUCACCAAUUACUCAAACUGACUUAUUUGCAAUCAAAGUUGCAACUAUGGUACAGACUAUCGAUGAAGUGAAUGACGAAGCAACAGAUUUGUUAGAAAGUAAAAAUUCAACUUUAAAUCCACCGUUUCCAUCAUUGAGCUGUGUUCCUGAAUCAGAAAUUUCAAUCGCAAGUGAAUCUCUUAGUGAAACUUCUGUUAGAACUGUAUUAGAUACUGAAGAGGAAAAUACAAAUGUAGUAGUUAAAAUAAAGAAACCCAAAAAUAAAAAUGCAAAGAAGAAAAAAACCUCUACAAAUGCAAUUAAAGAAAAUGGAAAAGCGGGUGUAACCAAUAAAGAGGAUGACUUAAAUAUAGUUUUUCAAACUCACAAUGUUAAGGGAAGUAAUUCCAGUCUUUCUGAUCCAACAAAAUUGGACUUUCAAACCAAAAAUCAAAAUGUUCUUAAAGAUGUUCCUCCUGUAGAACAAGUAGCUGAAGAAAUGGAAAGAUUAAUUUUACAGCAGCUUGAAGAAGAAGAAAAAGCUAAAGAAUUGUCAAUGAAGAUGACAUCAGAAAACGGUAAUGAAUUUCAAGAACAUGCUUUAGUCUUCAGAUCUCGUUCUGCUGAGCCACCCAAAGAAAAGCCACCACCCCCACCCUCUUCUGAAAAUGAAAUUCCAAAGUCUACAUCGUUAAAAAGAGUAAACUCUACUAAACGCAUUAAGAAGGAACUGUGCAAGCGACGUUCAAAUUUCCUAGGUAUUGAAAAUGAUGGAAAUUCUGUUUGUGAUGAAUUUUCAAUUCCUCCUCCUCCUGGUUUGGAACAAAUUCUGAAAGCUGAAAUGGAAUUGGAUCGAGAAAGUAGGAGGAGACUCGAAAGCGCUACAACAGAAAGAUUAAUUUUAGAAGAAAAUGAAAUUCGUAAAAGAGAGCAAGAAAUUAUUGAUUCUUUAGAAUCUGAAGAAAGACAGAAGCAGCUGAUUAUAAAUUGUGAUGAAUUGAAUGACAUAAAAUCUGAUUGUACAGAGGUGUGUGACAUUAUGAAAGAAGAAGAAGAUCGCAUAGAAAUUUUAAAGGAGGAGAGGAAAAGAAUGGAAAAAGAGCGAAUAUUGUCAGAAGAACAAAGAUUGAGGUUAAUUGAAGAAAAACAGCUGAAAGACAGAGAAGAAAUGAUUCGGAAACAGGAAGCUAAUAAGUCUACUUCUGCUGAAUUCUCUGCACCUUUGCUUUUUGAUACUGCAAUUAUUUCUAAUGCUACAAACAUUGUUUCCUCUCCUUCUGAAACAAAGUUAAACGUUGGUGGUGAUGGUGAAACUAUUAAAACAGUUUCAGCACCUAAUGAUCAAACCAAGAGUACCUCUUUGGAAGAACCUGUUACUGUUAAUAGGCCGAUUGUUCCUCCAAAGCCUUUAAAAAAGAAGGAGGCUAUACGCAAAGAAAGAGAAAGGUUACGACAAGAGCAGGAAGCUUUAGUUCGUGAGCGAGAAGAGCACAGAAGAAAAUUAAAAGAAGAGGAAGAACUUCUGAAAACUCAUCAGAAUAUCAAUGCUCAUGAAGCUCCUGUGUCCCGAAUAGGUCCUCUUCCUUCAUUAAUAAAGCCUGCUUAUACUCCCCAACUAACAUCCCCUAAUAGUGCUCAGCCCAGUGCCAGAGAAAAUACUGCCAUAACUAGUCGAAUUUAUCCAAGCACUCAAAAUGGCAGCAAAUGUGCUGAGCCUGUGCAGCAGACUGUCAGUAAACGUAAUAAGCCAAUACCUCCUCCAAAGAAAACUAUAAAAAGUGAAUUGCGCAGCCAACAAAAGAUGCCUUCUGUUAAAAAACAAGACCCUCUAACAGAGAACAAAUACAAUCAGAACCACUGGCUCAUUCAGGAAGCUGAAAUGCGAAGAAUUACGGAACUGAAAGAACGACAGCGUGCAUCUCAGUUCCCAAACUCUCAAACACAUCUUGCAGAAGAUGCUGUUUGCAGUGUCACUCACAUGGCCCCAGUUCUUCCACCCGGUGUACAGUUAAAUAAUCCUGUUCAUGAGAAGACGUGGAAUUAUGGACAUUCUAUCAUGCCAGUAAAGAAAUAUCCACCACCUGUUACUUCCGAUAAAGCUCUUGGAGCCUAUUCUACUGAUGUACCCCCUGCCAAACCGUCAAGAGUGGUACCUUUAGAAAGACCAGAGCAAAUGUUGUCUGUUAGUGGUCGAAAAAGGUGUUCUCAUUGCAGUGAAGAAUUAGGUAGAGGGGCUGCCAUGAUCAUAGAAUCCCUUCAAUUGUAUUAUCAUAUCCAUUGUUUCCAAUGCUGUGUUUGCCAAGCUCAACUGGGGAAUGGAUCCUGUGGAACAGAUGUUAGAGUUAGAAAUAAUAAGCUUCACUGUCACAAUUGUUACAGCAAUGAUGAAGCUGGUUUGAAGUUCAGCCAAGUGUAAAGAAAAGCAAUAUUGUAAUUAAAUGUAAAUAAAAAGUAAAAUAUUGUAUUAAACUUCUAUUUAAAUUGUCUACGUUUUUCUCUGAAAUUUUAAAUCUGCUUGCAAUUGAGUACUAAAAGUUUGAAUUUGUAAAUAAGUUAUUUUUGCAUUCAUGUUCAUCUGUACAAUAUUACAAAUAUGAUUCAUAAUUGCAUAUUUCCAUUAUACAUAUCUUCUAAAAUACAGUUUAAAUAUUUAUAAUCAUUUAAUAAUGGUUUGUUUCUAUUUCAACAUGGAACAUAAUUUAAAUUCUUUAAUAUAUGUUACGGUUCUAUUCAUUAAGCUUUUAGUCCAAAAAAUGCAAUUUUGUCUAUCUAUAAGUUUUAACUUUAUUUUAGAAAUUUUUGAAGUGCGUUAAGUAUUUAAACUAUUUUUUCCAUCUUUAAUAAUUUCUUUGAUUAUGGCACUGUUUUUCUCUUAAAGAAAUAUAUUGUAUGGUUAUAUUUUUCUUUGAAUAGCUAUAGUGUUUGAAAGGAUACUGUGAUAUUUGAGAUAAUCAGCAUUUUUGUACAAAAUUGCAAAUCUUCUCUAUUGUUAAAUUUUUAGGUUAAUUAAAAAAGUAUUUUUUUAAUUAUAUUUUGUUAGUGUGUAAAUAUGUAUUUAUUUAUGUUUUAAGUGUAUGAUCCAAUCCAAUUUUCUUCUCAUAUGAAAAAAUAUAAUUUUAAAAGUAGAAAAUUAAAUGUCUUAAACUAUUUUUCAUAAAUAUCUUAUAAUUUUAUGUCUUUUUGGGGAAGAAAAAAUUUAUUUAAAAUAUCAUUGCAACCUUUAUUGUAAUUUUAUGGAUAAUAAUUACUAAAAAUUUAAUCUUAUGUUCAUAAAUGUCUGUAAAUUAAGUGACUGUGAUUUGAAGUUCCUGUUCUUAGUUUCAGUGAAUCUUUUAGUACAAGAAAAAGCUUUGAAAAAUAUGGUACAUCUAUUUUACUAUACUGUCACGUUCUUUACAGGAUUGUAGUUGUGUAAAUAAAGGAAUUUUAGCUGUA